UCCAUAUAAAAACAGUGAUACCCCCUCCCCGUAUAAGUCAAUAAAAAACGGGAGCAUCUUUUGUAGGGGAACUGGAGCUUCGCGCUGCAGAAGUCUGACCCUCUCCGGCUCCCGUACGGUUGCGCUGUCAACCAGACCCAAACAAUCCGGCAGAUGGGGGCGGGGCCUGCGGUGACUGACAGCUCGGCUAUGAGUCACACAGGCAGCCGGGGCGCAGCUGCUGGGGGACCCCCGGGGGCCGGCGGGGAGCAGGGGCACGGCGUUCCAGGGCUGCAUGACAGGGGGCCUCGGGCGAGGUCAGCACUGCCGGCACAGGGGGAGGAUAAGGGGCUGAGUCUUGGGACAGAUUAUUGUGUGGCACAGGGGACAGAUAAAGGGGUGACACAGGGGGCAGAUAAGGGGGUGACACUGGGGACAGCUAAUAGGGUGACACAGGGGGCAGAUUAUUGGGUGAGACAGGGGACAGAUUAUGGGGUGACACAGGGGACAUGUAACGGGGUUACAACACUGGGGGCAGAUAAUGGGGUAAUAUCACAACCUGAAAUGGGGACAGAUAUUGGGGUGACACAGGUGCUAGGACUGGUUACAGGUAAUGGGAUAGCACGGGUGCCAGGACUGGGGACGGAUAAUGGGGUGACACAGGCGCCAGGACUGGUUACAGGUAAUGGGAUAGCACGGGUGCCAGGACUGGGGACGGAUAAUGGGGUGACACAGGCGCCAGGACUGGUUACAGGUAAUGGGAUAGCACGGGUGCCAGGACUGGGGAUGGAUAAUGGGGUGACACAGGCGCCAGGACUGGUUACAGGUAAUGGGAUAGCACGGGUGCCAGGACUGGGGACGGAUAAUGGGGUGACACAGGCGCCAGGACUGGUUACAGGUAAUGGGAUAGCACGGGUGCCAGGACUGGGGACGGAUAAUGGGGUGACACAGGUGCCAGGACUGGUUACAGGUAAUGGGAUAACACGGGUGCCUAGACUGGGGACAGAUAAUGGGGUGACACAGGCGCCAGAACUGGUUACAGGUAAAGGGGCGACACUGGUUCCACAACUGGGGACAUAUAACAGGAUGACAGGCCUGGGAACAGAUAUGUGGGUGACACAGUGUCUGGGAUUGGUGACAGAUCUGAGGGAUGAUAACUGGAUGACACAGGAGAUGGGGACUAAUAAUAGGGUGACACAGGUGCUGGGGAUGGAUAAUAGGCUAACACAGGUCCCAGGUCAGGACACUGAUAAUGAGGGGAUACAGGGGCAACGCCUGGGGACAGAGAAUAUGGUGACAAAGGGUUCAGGACAGAGGGCGCCCGGGCUCGUGCUGCGGCCUCAGAAUGGGAAGACGCAGGAGCCCAGGCAGGGUGAUGCCGGGCUACGUGCCACAUCCAGAGUCAGGAGUAAGAGGAGAGAGGCAUCCGGGGACAGAGAGGGGCAGAUAGGAUGUGCUGGUGGCAGGAGCUCUCCUUUUACAUGCCCACUUGCCACCACCAGAAAGUCUGAGCACAGGGUGACUGCUGGCAGGGGAAUGAGAUCUCCAAAUAAAGGGGAAAACAACGGGGGCCAGAAGAAGGUGGAGGGCAGGACACAGCGGAGGCACGUCACUGUCGACAGCUCCAAAGCUAAGUCGUCUCUGGAGGCGCUGAAGAUCAGCAUCAAGCAGCUGAAGUGGAGAGAAUUUCCCCAUGGUCGCCGCUUGCCGUGCGACAUUUACUGGCAUGGGGUAUCUUUCCACGAGAGUGAGAAUAUCUGCUCCGGACAAGUCAACAAGUUCCCAGGUAUGAUAGAAAUGGUGCGGAAGAUAAACCUCAGUCGGGCCGUAAGAACCAUGCAGGAGCUGUACCCAGAGGAGUAUAACUUCUACCCCCAGUCCUGGAUCCUUCCCGAUGAGUAUCAUCUCUUCACUGCGGAGGUGCGUAUGGCAAAGGAGAACGACCCUACCUGGAAGCCAGCCUUCAUUGUCAAGCCCGACGGCGGCUGUCAAGGAGACGGAAUCUACCUCAUUAAAGACCCCAGUGAAAUCCGGAUCAUGGCCAGCGUCCAGAACAGACCAUCCGUGGUCCAGGAGUAUAUCAGCAACCCAUUUGUCAUGGACAAGCUUAAAUUUGACAUGCGCCUCUACGUCUUACUGAAGUCCUUGGAGCCUCUGGAGAUUUACAUAGCCAAAGACGGUCUCUCGCGCUUCUGCACGGAGCCUUAUCAGGAACCCAACCAUAAGAACCUUCACCACAUCUAUAUGCACCUCACAAACUACUCUCUCAAUGUCCACAGUAAGAAUUUCAUCCACUCGGACAGCGCACACACUGGGAGUAAGAGGACUUUCUCCAGCAUCCUCUACAGACUCGCCAGCAAAGGCGUGGACGUCAAGAAAGUCUGGUCAGAUAUAAUUUCACUGGUCAUUAAGACUGUUAUCGCUCUUAUACCGGAGCUCAAGGUCUAUUACCAGGCAGAUAUACCACCAGGAAAACCAGGGCCGACAUGCUUUCAGAUUUUAGGGUUUGACAUCCUGCUCAUGAAAAACCUGAAGCCAGUGCUAUUAGAAGUGAAUGCAAAUCCCAGCAUGAAGAUAGAGCAUGAGCAAGAGCUUUUUCCAGGGAUCUACGAGAAUGUGCCGAGCCCUGUGGACGAGGAGGUGAAAAUCGCUGUAAUCAGAGACACACUGCGCCUGGUGGACCCGGCGAGGAGGCGGAAUUGCCACACGCAGCCUCACCCGCCGGACAGCGGGCAGAACAGGAAGACUGAUCUGCAUACAGGAGCCACAGAGCUGGCAGAGUCGGAUGGCAGUAACAGCCCAGUAAGCAACCUGUCGUCUCUAUGCCUCAAACAAGUCUUUCCAAAGUACUCCAAGCAGUUUACUCACCUGCGAGUGGCGGAGCGAAUUGCAGCCCUGUUUAUCCGAUUCCUGGGGGUGAAAGGAAGCAUGAAGAUGGGCCCCACAGGAUUCCGAACCUUUAUAAGGAGCUGUAAGCUGAGCAGCGGCAAUUUUUCAAUGGCAUCUGGAGAUAUUCUCUACAUUGACAUAACAAGACGCUGGAACAGUGUGAGCUUAGACCAAAGAGAGUCAGGUGUUCCAGGAAUGUGCCUUCAGGCGUUCAUUGAGGCUUUCUUCCACUUGGCCCAAAGACGAUUCAAAGGUUUCCCCCUUCACGAGCAAGUGCAGACCCUGGUUGACUUCUGCGAGAGCCACUUGGACUCUGGCGACGAAAAGAGACUGCUGUGCAGCAGAGGAGCGACGGAGAAGAGAACCGCGCUGAGCAGCUUGCACAAGGCCGAUGUGUAUGUGACCUCGUAUACGCCGCUCUUACACCGUUCACACCCGUCCUGCAACCUCACAGAUUACAAACUGCAGCAUUCAUGAGUAAAGCCUCUAACUCACCUGGCCGACAGUACAGCAGCUCUAAGGCCUGAUUGGUCACUUACCUGCACAGUUACAUAAUGCUUCCGUAAGACGUCUCAAAGAGAGCGCAAGAUGUUUACUCGGAUUCUGCGUUAUAGUCAUUUCUCUGGACACGGAGAAGCGUCCUUUCUAAGCCACAGGCAGGAUGUAAAGGGAAUGUAUCACUUUGGUAUCCCUAGUAGAGGGAUUUCCCUGUGGCUGAUAAGUACUAAGGCUCAAAUAGGCAAACGUUUCUCUGUAUUUUGUAUUUCAUGGAAUGCACUACUUGCAGCUAGCCUGUUGGCGUCACUGUUACUACUGAAGCCUAUGGAUAUUCACUUGGUGGCUAAACUUCUUAAAUGGCAAAUGGAGCCACUGUGUAAUAGGAAUUUUCUGAUUAGUAUUAAUGAAAGGAUGAAUAUGCAUUAUAUGUCUGGAGUGGGAUAUAUCCACAUGCUGUUUGACAUUCUGCCUUGUUAGGAGGGGGUGCUUCUCUGUCUUACCCAGAUAGCUAGGAAGACUUGUUCUGCAGGAAAGCACUGUGUUUGUUGGAGCAGGGCCGGUGAUUUCUGUAGAAUCAGCUCUGUCAGAUUCCAUCAGAAAAUGUGAGAGAGCUUCAGCUGUCUGUGUUGGAUGGGGAGGUAAUACUUUACGUGAUAACCGUGCAGCAAUGGACGUGGUAACCCUGAACAGUGGAUUUUAUCUUUAUGGUUCAUAGCAGAAAAUGUACAUUUUGAGCUCCAGUGGUUCUUUACGGCACAAAUGCAGUAAAAUAAUCCACUGGGCACUGUGUUAUGAAAUCACAGAGAGGAGCAGCGAGGAGUAUUGGAGAAGCCACAAAACUACUGUAAUGAGCAAUGAAGAUGGUAGGAGAAGCAGUAUAAUCCCUGAGAUGAGCAGUGCAGAGGAUUGGAGAAGCAGUACAAUCACAGUGAGGAGUAGUGAGGAUGGUAGGAGAGGCAGUAAAAUCACUGACUGGAGCAGUGCAGAGGAUUGGAGAAGCAGUGUGAGGAGCAGUGAGGAUGGUAGGAGAAGCAAUAUAAUCCCCUAGGGGACCAAUGAGGAGUAUUGGGGAAAAAGUAAAAUCACUGACAGGAGCAGUGCAGAGAAUUGGAAUGCAAUAAAAUCACUGAUAGGAGCAGUGCAGAGAAUUGGAAAGCAAUAAAAUCACUGAUAGGAGCAGUGCAGAGAAUUGGAAAGCAAUAAAAUCACUGAUAGGAGCAGUGCAGAGAAUUGGAGAAGCAGUGUGAGGAGCAGUGAGGAUGGUAGGAGAAGCAAUAUAAUCCCCUAGGGGACCAAUGAGGAGUAUUGGGGAAAAAGUAAAAUUACUGACAGGAGCAGUGCAGAGAAUUGGAAAGCAAUAAAAUCACUGACAGGAGCAGUGCAGAGAAUUGGAAAGCAAUAAAAUCACUGACAGGAGCAGUGAGGAAUGUUGGAGAAGCAGUAAAAUCAGUGAUGGGAACAGUGAGGAGUGACAGGAGCAGUGUAAAGGAUUGGAGAAGCAGUGAAAUCACUGAGAGGAGCAGUGAUGGUAGGAGAGGCAGUAUAAUCACUGAGGAGCAGUGCGGAGGCAGUGAAAUCACUGACAGGAGCAGUGAGGAUGGUAGGAGUGGCAGUAAAAUCACUGACAGGAGCAGUGCGGCGAUUGGGCAAGCAGUAGAAUCACUGACAGGAUCAGUGCGGCAGAUUGGGCAAGCAGUAGAAUCACUGACAGGAUCAGUGCGGCGGAUUGGGAAAGCAGUAGAAUCACUGACGGGUGCAGUGAGUUGGAGAAGCAGUAAAACUACUGACAGGAGCAGUGCAGAGGUUCAAGGAACUAGUAGGAUUGGUGAAGCAGUAGAAUCACUUACAGGAGCAGUGAGCAUGGUAGAAGCAGUAUAAUCCCUGAGAGGAGCAGUGCAGAGGCUUUGGGAAGCAGUAGAAUUGCAGUGAGGAGCAGUGCAGAGGAUUGGGAAAGCAGUACAGUCGUAGUGAGGAUGGUAGGAGAAUCACAGUGAGGAGCAGGGCAGAGGAUUGGGGAUGCAGUAGAAUCACAGUGAGUAUGGUAGGAGAGGCAGUAAAAUCACAGUGAGUAGCAGUGCAGAGGAUUGGGGAAGCAGUAGAAUCACAGGGAGCAUGGUAGGAGAAUUACAGUGAGGGGCAGUGCACAUGAUUGGGGAAGCAGUAGAAUCACAGUGAGUAUAGUAGGCGAGGCAGUAAAAUCACAGUGAGGAGCACUGCAGAGGAUUGGGGAUGAGGUAGAAUCGGAGUGAGGAUGGUAGGAGAAGGCAGUAAAAUCACAGUGAGGAGCAGUGCAGAGGAUUGGGGAAUCAGUAGAAUCACAGUGAGGAUGGUAGGAGAAUCACAGUGAGGAGCAGUGCAGAGGAUUGGGGAAGCAGUAGAAUCGCAGUGAGGAUGGUAGGAGAGGCUGUAAAAUCACAGUGAGGAUGGUAGGAGAGGCAGUAAAGUCAGUGAGGAGUGACAGGAGCAGUGCAGAGGAUUGGGGAAGCAGUAAAAUCACAGUGAGGAUGGUAGGAGAGGCACUAAAAUCACAGUGAGGAGCAGUGCAGGGGAUUGGGGAAGCAGUAGAAUCGCAGUGAGGAUAGUAGGAGAGACAGUACAAUGACAGUGAGGAGCAGUUCAGAGGAUUGGGGAUGAGGUAGCAUCGCAGUGAGGAUAGUAGGGGAGGCAGUACAAUCACAGUAAGGAGCAGUGCAGAGGAUUGGGGAAGCAGUAGAAUCGCAGUGAGGAUGGUAGGAAAGGCAGUAAAAUCACAGUGAGGAGCAGUACAGAGGAUUGGGGAAGCAAUAGAAUCGCAGUGAGGAUGGUAGGAGAAUCACAGUGAGGAGCAGUACAGAGGAUUGGGGAAGCAAUAGAAUCGCAGUGAGGAUGGUAGGAGAAUCACAGUGAGGAGCAGUGCAGAGGAUUGGGGAUGCAGUAGAAUCGCAGUGACGAUGGUAGGAGAAUCACAGUGAGGAGCAGUGCAGAGUAUUGGGGAUGCGUUGGGGAAGCAGUAGAAUCGCAGUGAGGAUGGUAGGAGAAUCACAGUGAGGAGCAGUGCGGAGGAUUGGAGAAUCAGUAGAUUUGCAGUGAGGAUGGUAGGAGAGGCAGUAAAAUCACAGUGAGGAUGGUGGGAGAAGCAGUAAAAUCACAGUGAGGAGCAGUGAGGAGUGACAGGAGCAGUGCAGAGGAUUGGGGAAGCAGUAGAAUCGCAGUGAGGAUGGUAGGAGAGGCAGUAAAAUCACAGUGAGGAUGGUAGGAGAGGCAGUAAAGUCAGUGAGGAGUGACAGGAGCAGUGCAGAGGAUUGGGGAAGCAGUAAAAUCACAGUGAGGAUGGUAGGAGAGGCACUAAAAUCACAGUGAGGAGCAGUGCAGGGGAUUGGGGAAGCAGUAGAAUCGCAGUGAGGAUAGUAGGAGAGGCAGUACAAUGACAGUGAGGAGCAGUGCAGAGGAUUGGGGAUGAGGUAGCAUCGCAGUGAGGAUAGUAGGGGAGGCAGUACAAUCACAGUAAGGAGCAGUGCAGAGGAUUGGGGAAGCAGUAGAAUCGCAGUGAGGAUGGUAGGAAAGGCAGUAAAAUCACAGUGAGGAGCAGUGCAGAGGAUUGGGGAUGCAGUAGAAUCGCAGUGAGGAGCAGUGCAGAGGAUUGGGGAUGCAGUAGAAUCGCAGUGAGGAUGGUAGGAGAGGCAGUAGAAUCACAGUGAGGAGCAGUGCAGAGGAUUGGGGAUGCAGUAGAAUCACAGUGAGGAGCAGUGCAGAGGAUUGGGGAUGCAGUAGAAUCACAGUGAGGAGCAGUGCAGAGGAUUGGGGAUGCAGUAGAAUCUCAGUGAGGAUGGUAGGAGAGGCAGUAAAAUCACAGUGAGGAGCAGUGCAGAGGAUUGGGGAUGCAGUAGAAUCGCAGUGAGGAUGGUAGGAGAGGCAGUAAAAUCACAGUGAGGAGAAGUGCAGAGGAUUGGGGAUGCAGUAGAAUCGCAGUGAGGAUGGUAGGAGAGGCAGUAGAAUCACAGUGAGGAGCAGUGCAGAGGAUUGGGGAUGCAGUAAAAUUACAGUGAGGAGCAGUGCAGAGGAUUGGGGAUGCAGUAGAAUCACAGUGAGGAGCAGUGCAGAGGAUUGGGGAUGCAGUAGAAUCGCAGUGAGGAUGGUAUGAGAGGCAGUAAAAUCACAGUGAGGAGCAGUGCAGAGGAUUGGGGAUGCAGUAGAAUCACAGUGAGGAGCAGUGCAGAGGAUUGGGGAUGCAGUAGAAUCACAGUGAGGAGCAGUGCAGAGGAUUGGGGAAGCAGUAGAAUCGCAGUGAGGAUGGUAGGAGAGGCAGUAAAUUAUAAUGAUCAGUGAGGAGGGUUAGGUAUGUAAUAAAAUGACCAUGAGGAGCAAUACGGAUAAAGUAAGUGACACGUUAGGAGAGAGAGACAGCUAAGUUACACAGUGAGAUGGAUGGAAACAUUAUAUAAUAGCUAGAGACCUCUCUUCGUCUUCCAAGGGCUGAGAAAUUGCGGAGGCAGAUCAGACCUCUGUGUAUACAGUAUAUAGACACUGACUCUAGGAAUGAUGGAGAUAAUUCAGUCACUUUAAAAAUAAUCUGGAACUGUGCUCCAGGGAACAUCUGUGUGUAAAUAACAUUUUCCUAGCCAAGCUCUGUACACUUCUUUCUGUUUUAUUAUUUAUGUUAUGGAAAUGUCAGCUUGUUCUUACAUGGUAAAAUACUGAUGAUAUUUCUUACAUGAAAGAGGAAACGCUGCAGCCAGCAUCUUCUCCGCUGUAAUUUGCCCCUCGGUGCGGAUAGCUUGGUGGACUCCAUCUUUGUGUCAGACAACCUGCGCCAUGUGUAACAGAACCAAUUGCUGGCUGUGAUUAUCCGUGAGAUGAGCGGUAAGUCUGACGGUAUAUACAGGCAGUACGAUAUGCGCAGGCCAUCAUUCCAUGUAAAUCACACACAGACGACGCGUUUCAUCAGCAAUAUACUGUUGUAUAAUUCUGUAAGAGAUCUGCCGUCUGUUUACACACAGAAUUAUUAUCUGUAUGAUUAUAACGUGGUCAUUGAUAGCAGAAUGUUUAGUAUUGUAUGUAUUUGGUUUUUAUAAUUACUAGUAGAGGUAAAAUUGUUUAAAAAUGAAACCACUUUUGCCUCAAUUCCCAACGGUGCAAUCUGCCCCUGAAGAAAAUCAGGAAUUGUUUUGCAACAAUCAAAGCACUUUUACAGAAUGGAUGCAGUAUCAUGUAUUGCUUGUACUGUAUGUGUCAUUGUAUUAAUAAUAUGUAUAUAUUUAUAACAUUUCUCACAGUAUAAAACACUUGUGCAAAGUU